AUGGAAAGAUUUUCUAUUUAUUGGUUAAUUGUUUGCUUUUAUAAAUCAUUAAUGAAGGAGGAACGAGGACCUUAUUGUGUAAGACUUCUUCAGGCUCCCUGUGUGAGUUCAGAUGAAGUGAGCAGGUGGCUGUGCAGACGUAUGAAUCUGCCCUGUGGGAAAGGUCCAGAGGGAAGGGAUGACUUUGAGAGCAUGGUUGAGACAGAUAGACGUGCGUUCUCCAAAUUCAAUCGUGGAACCCAGCUGCCUGAUGAAAGAGCUCCUCUGGCACCGCUGCGUGGCGAUGUGUCUCUAAUAGAUCCGUGCUCCGGUCAACUGAGUGCAGGGGCACAGGUGCAUCUGGAGGGAAAAAGCAGAACCCCAUUCAUCGACACGGUUUACACUGCAUCCGAUCUGUGGGUUCCAGCAGGAGUGCGAGACAGGCCUCAGACUCCCCCAACCAGACCUUCGGCUCUGAUAUAUGACAUGUCUGAGCACAAGAGGUGGAACUCCAGGAUGAAGGCAAACCUCGGUGGUUGGACAAGUGCCCAGAGUAUUAAACACCCCUCUCAGGACAACCUUGAAAUGAAUGCGGAUGCAGAACCAUCUGUUCUUUCUGCAAGUCCAGCAGCUCGACGAUACAUCUACACCUCUGCAGCCCAAAGAGCUUAUGAGGAUGUAGACUGGGACUUCAAGUUACCUCCUCGCCAUAAACCACCCUCAACUACUCUGGAGAAAAUGGCUGACCCUGUGAGUCAACAUUUUGUGUUGAAGCGAUACCACAGCAGACCUGAACUGUGGCAGGCCAUUGGAUCCCAUUGGAACAAACAUCAGUUACGUGCCACAUUUAAUGCAAGGAAACCCAUCAGCUUCACCAGUCCAUGUCCAAAAUCAGGCCAUAUACCUUUAUACUGCGGUAUGGUGGGCUCUGAGAACAUGGAUAGUGUGGACGUCCCAGGAGAGGACUUCAUCCCUCUGACUGUUCUGCGCACCACAAUACCUCCUCACACCCCUGCCAGCUACCGAACUACUAUACCUGGUUACACUGGAAAAGCCCGGUUUGACAGACCACGGACCUCAGGUGUCAGUCUACCUUCUUUACCAUAUACUCAACAAACAGCAGGGAGGCGUUCUGGUACCUGGAGCACCCUUGACUUCGGACACAAGGCUCCUCUUUCAGGAAUGAUCACUACUGUCCCACCGGGAAACCCUUUCCUUCAUCCCAAAGCCCCGGUACUUUCCAUGAAAAACCUCUAAAAGCACAUACAGCAUGUUCUUUAUAAAGAAGAAUAACUGAUGAAGAAGUCUGGGAAAUGAAAGUCUCCUUUUUGAUGAAAUCUGUGUUUGUGGAUAGAUCUAUAAUGAUGCGAUGUCAAUGGCUGAUUUUUCGAGCUCUGAAUAAUUAGAUGCUUUAUUAGCAUAAUUUCCCUUGAUUUAGAUGAGCGCUUCUGAAAAUGUGGAGGUUAUGCCAUUGUCUUAAACAUUCGGUAUGGGUGUGUGUGGGCUUACAUAUUUGACUACUCACAGAUCCUCUUUCACAUGCUUUUAUUAUUCUGGUUCAUCCAAACAGCACUUUCAAACUGCUUGUGGAGCUGAAAGCUUCUUUGUGGUUAUGCAGCAAUAGCAAUGCAAAUAAAACCUAGCCUGUUAUCAUAAAAGAAAACAAAAGACGUGCAUUUCUCAAAUGCUCUAGUUUUGCACCCCAAGAACUGUGGUUUGGACAAUAAAAGAGAGAAUACCAGUGCAGCUUCACCUGCUUACAGGAAAUAGGAACAUGCUGGUUUCCUGUUUCCCCCUUUGUCGUCUUUGCGCUUCUAUGUUGAAAACAGUCUGCUGUGGAAGCAGCUCAGUCGAAUCCAGCAGUUAAAGCAAACACCAGCUAAACUCAUGAUUGAAAAGUGCUCAAAACCAAACAAUUUCUUUUAUAAAAGUCCUAAACGGUGUUCAACUUACAAAUCUCAUGUUGCACACACGGAGCUGCGGAAAUAAGACGUCAUUCUAAGUUAUGCUUUGCAUGAUGGGAAAACAUUCUCUGUUUUCAGUUAGCUUGACAGCUGAGCCAUGGUGGGAAUAAAACCCUCUCUGUGGUAUUUCCAGAGAUGGAGAUGUGGUUAACUGAUAACUAACGUCCAUCCUGGGGCCAAUAAAAGGGAUCAGACUAG